UCUUACAUACGCGUUGUUAAUACGCAUCGAUUGUGUGCCGCGACUGCAAUUCGCGCGAAGAAUUCGUCGAGAAACGCGCGCGAACGACGCCCGACUCCCGCGUAUUUAAUUUUCUGACGUGGUCACGUUUUUAAUAAAGUCGUCAAACAAGCCGCGUUUCUCUCUCGUGUGAAUAUUCAUUUAUUCCUCAUUAUUAUUCGCAAACGCCUAAGUUUGUAAGUAGAUAAGUUUGUCUUUCAACGCAUCUUGAAAUCGAUCUGACAUCUAUGAAUAAAUACGACCCUGAUUGGCGUCAGUAAUCUCGAGAUCGUCGUUAUCGCGUAUGAGAUCGAAACGCUUAUAUGCGUUCCGAUAUCUCGCAUACCGUUGAAAGUGUCGUCAAUCGUUGUAGAAUAGCGAAGGAGAAAAUGCGCGUGGCAGUCGUGGGUGCCGGUGUAAUAGGAGUAACGAGCGCACUUGCAGUGAAAAGUGCUUUUCCGAGUUACGAUGUGAAGAUCUUCGCCGAAGCGUUUUCACCUGACACGACCGGCGACGGAAGUGCCGGUCUAUGGAGUCCUUUUCUUCUCGGAGAUACACCUGUCGAGGAUAUAACCCGAUGGUCUGGCCGAACGCAUCGUUGGUUCGAACAGUUGUGGAAAGCCGGAUUGUCAUCGAAAACGGGCGUUUGUUUGAUGCCUGUAACUCGCGUAAUCAGCGAUAACAAGGAUGAUAUCAAUCCCGAAUGGGCGAAGAUUGUUUACGGCAUUCAGAAGCUUAGUGAAAAAAGAUUGCGACUUUUUAACGAAGAGCACAAGUCCAAUUACAAACAAGGUUGGCAUUGUAUAACUUAUACUGCCGAGCCGUUUCUGUUAUUACCGUGGCUUAUGGAAAAGUUCGCUGCUUCGGGCGGAGAAAUGGAAAAGAGAAAGAUUAAAGCGCUGCACGAGUUAGCCGACGAAGGAUACGAUUUAAUAAUAAAUUGCAGCGGUCUCGGCGCACGAGAGCUCGUCGCGGAUAAAACGGUGACACCUAUCAGAGGUCAGGUAUACAAGGUGAAAGCACCGUGGGUGAUGCACUGUUUUCUAGUGGACGACGACGACUGCAAUUAUAUUAUCCCCAACGUCCACACCGUUGUAUUGGGCGGUACGCAUCAGGAAAAUGACUUCGACUGUUCCGUACGAGAGGAAGACUCGAAACACAUUUAUGAUGGAUGCUGUCGCAUGAUGCCUUCCUUAAAGAAAAGUCAAAUAAUUCGCCAAUGGGUGGGUCUCCGACCAGGACGACCGCGAGUUCGUCUGGAAAGCGAAAGUCUCAUCUCGCCUAUGGGGAAGGAGUUCAAGGUGAUACACAAUUACGGCCACGGCGGAAGUGGCGUGACGUUGUGCUGGGGCUGCGCCAUAGACGUCGUCGAGAUGAUAAGAAAGUUGAAAGUACCCGAAUUAAACUCCAAACUAUGGAAACCUACGUUUGUCAUGAUCUUCGUCAAGUACAGAGAUAAGCGCUCGCUCAUGAUAUUGCACGAUUCUAAAGAUGAUAAUUCCAGAAACGAGAGUGCGACGAUCGGUGAGUUCAACACGGGAUUCAAGAAGCGACUGUGCAAGUCUGUGAGCUACGCGUUUCAAGAUCGGAAAUUUAUCUCCACCGACGAUUCCACGAACGUCUCACUGUGCGACAAGAUAGGUGUUGCCAAGCAUGAUUCCGAACCGUAUCACUGGAGGAUUACUGCUGACAAGGGCAAUAAUAUUGACGCGUUACACGAGAGCGAUUCAGAAUGGCGCAAAGAUAACACGGAUGGGACAUCGCAAACUAAAAAGAAGAAAAAGCGCAGGUUUCUAAUGAUCUGCACUGCGAACUGCAAGUACGACGUUGUUAGACGCGUGGCCGCGCGAUUCGGGAUGAGGGAAGUUACGGAGGACAGUAGCUGGGAUCUUUAUUGGACCGACAUGAGCGUCAGCUUAGACCGUGCCAAGGACAUGAAAAGGUUCCAGAAAGUCAAUCAUUUUCCCGGGAUGACGGAGAUAUGCAGAAAGGAUCUGCUCGCUCGUAAUCUCAGUCGUAUGCAGAGACUAUUUCCGAGGGAUUACAACUUUUUCCCGAAAACCUGGUGUUUUCCCGCGGAUCACGGCGACGCGAUGUCUUACGCCAAGUCGCGGAAGUCUAAAACUUUCAUUAUCAAACCGGACACCGGCUGCCAAGGGCGCGGCAUUUAUCUCACAAAAUACCUGAAAGAUAUCAACCUGAGCGAACGCAUGAUCUGUCAGGUGUACAUCGCAAGGCCUUUUUUAAUAGACGGAUACAAAUUUGAUCUGCGUAUUUACGCACUAAUCACGUCAUGCGAUCCUCUCAGGAUCUUCGUGUACAACGAAGGACUCGCAAGAUUCGCAACGAGCAAGUAUAAAGAACCGAACGGUCACAACCAUUCCAACAUCUUCAUGCACUUGACGAACUAUUCCGUUAAUAAACACAGUCGAAUGUACAACAUCGACGACGAGAUUGGUAGUAAGAGAAAAAUAUCAACGUUGAACAAAUGGUUCGAAGCGAGAAAAAUCGACGUGAAGGAACUGUGGGACGAGAUCGACGGAAUAAUAAUUAAAACCGUGCUCGCGGCGUAUCCUGUAUUGAAACACAGUUAUCACGCCUGCUUUCCGACGCACGACAAAACGUACGCGUGCUUCGAGCUUCUUGGAUUCGACAUUCUGCUUGACUGGAAACUCAAACCUUAUCUCCUCGAAGUAAAUCACUCGCCGAGCUUUCACACGGACGCGCAAAUCGAUAAAGACGUGAAAGAAGGAUUGCUGAUGGACACUUUCGACAUGUUAAAUUUUCAGCAGUGCGAUAAGAAAAAAAUAAUGGAAGAAGACAGGAAACGGAUCAGGGACCGACUUCUUCAAAGCACGAACAACAAAGAAAUAGCACAAAUCAACGACGCGACAGCUCCGACAAAACUCGAGAAGAGCGAGAACAACUAUAUGCAGAGACAGUUCCGGUGGGAAGACGACCAUAUGGGCAAUUUCCGAAGAAUUUAUCCAUGUCUUGACGGGGAUAAAUAUCAGCCUUUCUUCACACAGAACGCGCUCUCUGUUUUCCAAGACACGGUGGCGUCGAGAAAGCGCGAAGAAGCGUCGAGAAUCGAGAGGGAGGAGAUCGAGCUGAGAGCAAAUAAAUGGGAAGACCGGAAGAGAUUAAUCGGCAAGAGCAACGAGCCGAAAUUAUGUUCGGAAAAUUCGAGCACGCUAAAACAUUCGCAUGAGAAAUCCAAAUCUGCGGGCGUGUUGAGAAAGAUCAUCAAUAAACAGGAUUCGCAGGGACGUCCUGCCAACGCCCUGCACUCUUUCGAGGCCGAAAUCAUAUCCGAGUCUGAGGAGAAAGAGCGAGUGGCGGCUCUGGCGCAGAGGGAUUUUCUCAUCAAGAGCUGCGGCGUAAUCGAGCAGAUAUAUUUGGCGAUGAAGAGAAACGGCACGCUACGACCCGCCGACGAGAAGAAGUAUGGGACGUACGGUCGGUUGGGGCUACACACGAACGCGGAGCACAUUUGUUUCGCGCACAAAUCCCUUCAUCAUCGCCAAAACCUUUUCGACACUAUGCAUCCAGACCAAUAUUAUCUGAGACGUCAUUACGAACACAACGCAGUGGAACAUAAACGUACACGCACGUCCAUCUUGAACAAAAACGUGUGGUUAACGUGUAACGAAGCGCUCGUCUACGUUCGUCCAAAAAUACCGCGAAAAUUGUGGAUGGUGGAAAUGAACUGUAACGGUCAAAGAGGUCGUGUAACAAAAGCUCACGUUGCUAGAACGUUAUCAAAUUCCGUGCGCCUGCACACGAUUGAAAGAAGAGAAUCUUGCCAUUCUUUAAAAUCCUCGAAAUCUUGAAGACCAGAUAAACCCUCGAAAUCUUGCUGCUCAAAACUCGAGUGGAAAUUCAACGAAUCUCAGGACACGUGUUUCGGUGUUGUGUGUGAGCCAUUUCAAGAUAGAAAACAGUAAUGUAAAAAUCAACAAUGGAUCGAUUUGUUAUUUAAAGUGCCACAUAUAUAAAUAUGUACAAUAUAGAUGAGUGAAACAUGUACACGUCACGUAAGAAUAAAUGGGAGUGGUACACAUCUCUUUUUCACACAUACACACACACAUACGCGCACACAUUCUUUCUCUCUCUUUCUCUGCGUAUUGUAAAAUGAUCAUACGUAUGUACGCCAGUCUAUAAUAUGUAUAACAAUUUUUAUUGCUGAUAUAUAUAUUCUGUGUAUUCACAUGAUAAAAAAUAAUUUAUGAACAAUUUGUAGAAUGCUGUUCUUGUUUGCCUCGUUCGUGAUAUAUCGCGUCCACAUCGUUUUAUCGUAGCGUUUUAUCGCUGCGCUACAGGCGCUUGGCGCUCCUCGGCUUCUUUUCCUCCCUUUUUUUUUCGGUUUUUUUUCUUCAAAUCUUAUCGUUCCGUGUCGCAACCAGUACAUCGAGUCGGUCAAAAUCGCGACUGGAUUCCCUCGGCCGUCUCGACCACGAAUUGCGCCUACUAUAUAUAUAU